AUGGACAGGAUGUUGAAAUCACCUGAUUGGAACUUGACUGAAUUUGGCCAAGUAGACAAUGGCUGCCUUGCUGCCUGUGUUGGAUCUAAUAGCUUAGGGCGGCAGAAAGAUGGAGGAGGUUUCUUUGUUGAUUUUGAACUUGGCAGAUUAAGAAAAUUGAGAGAUGGGGGAGUGGAUAAAUUGCAGGAGGGAAGGAGAUCAACUACUGUGUCACCAUCCAGUUCAUUGAAGCGGACACGUGCAAUUGGUGGAACUCAAAAUGUAUUGUGCUUAGUGGACGGCUGCACCACAGAUCUCAAAAGUUGCAGGGAGUAUCAUCAGCGCCAUAGGCAAUGCAGCAGAUUUCAUUCUCUGGGAGAGUUUGAUGAAGUGAAGAGAAGCUGCAGAAAACGUCUUGAUGGUCACAACCGCCGUAGAAGAAAACCUCAGCCAGAAUCUGUAUUCAUGAGGAGCUUUCUGUACAAUGACCAUGGUGCGAGAUUGUUGCAGUUUAGUGGUCCACAAGCAUAUGCAACCAAUAGAGCAGGUGGUAGUGGUGCCUGGCCCAGUGUUGAUAAACACGGCCAGAAAUUGCAUGCAAUUAUUCAACAAAGUACUUCUUCAAAUUCCUUUGCUCGCAUCUCCAGUAAAAUAGAGAGACAAUUUCCGUUCUUGCUUGUCAAUGACCCUGAAAAAAGCAAUCAAGCUGCUUCCCCCGCCAAAAAAAUGACCUCUCAACGGCUUCCUGAUACCAAUGCUUCACCUGCAAGUGGUAGAGGUCCCCUGAAAAUGUUAUCCAACACAUUGACACAAUUGGAGGAAUCCAAGCGUGCUCUCUCUCUUCUGUCAACAAAUUCAGCACAAACACUGGGGACCAUUUGGAGCAAUUUGGUGCAGCAGGAUGUGAUUCAUCUAAAUCAAUCUGAACUCACCAGCUCAUGUUUUAGUGACUUCUCUGAGCACUCAAAUUCAAAAGGUAUGGCGGCCGAAUCAAUUGAUCCAUUUUCCAUUCCUGAUGCCCUCAAUACCAAUGAUCCGAAUGAUGGGAUACUAUGUAUUGGUUCUGAUGUAUUGUUGGAAAUACAACCUCAAAUGCUCUCAUUUUCCUGCAAGUAGUAGGCUUCUGUGUAUUUUGUGCAACGUCCAGUAGUUUCUGAACUUUAUCAAAUGUCUCUUAUUGAUGGUAAGCUGAAGAAAGCUUCUUUGCUACGAAUUUGUGGAGUGUAUAUGAUUAUUCAAUGAUAUCUGAUUUAUUUUUCUUCUUAC